AAGCAAUGAGUGAUUCACUCCACCUAUAUGACAUAAGGAAAAAUCCCAGGUCUCGACAUCUCCGGUGAGCAUAGGUAGAAGCAGCGCACAACAUGAUUCACAACUGCACGAAGCGCCAUGGAAUCGGCAUAGACUGAAGCAGAGCUGGAGAUCCGGAAUCCGGGGUAGAGGGCUCCUAGUAGAAGUGACAGAUGAACAAUACAUCCACGAUAUUAUAUGAGCUAAAACAACAGCUCACAUUUAGCCUAAGAAUCUCCGUGUCGCCAUGGCGCAUGGGGGUGAUGUCGAGAUGCCGAGUUUGUGCGAGGGAAGCUUGUUGAUGCUGCUGGCGUUGCUUGUUCGGUUUGGAGACAAGACGCGAUGACACAUAGAAAUUCAUUUUCCUCAUGUCGUGAUGCUUGGUGCCUCAGGCUUGAUGGCUUUUUCGAGGGACACCCGAUGAUCUCGGCUCGAUAAACGUCUAGUUUCUGUUCCGUGCGGUUUCCAAGCUAGCUUACUCUAAUCAACUGAGAUUCCACAUUCACAUUUAAAUGUCUUCAAGAUUGGAGGGUUCGUGAUAUUCUCUUAUUCUUAAUUCAGAUCUAAUGUCUAGGCUUAGAUACCUGUGAUAAAAAAAAGUAUGUCUAUAAGGCGGGAUUUAUGUUCGUACUGUUUUGCGUGGUAGUCCACCGGAAGUGCCGAGUAUAAGGUUACUAGGUAUAUUGAAGUGAUUGAUCGCAUCGAUAUCCCUAGACUCCCAAAGGGACUUGCUGAUGUUUAUUAAUCGUCAGGGCAUCAAUCUUGGCAAACACUUUCAUACUCGGCGCUACUGUUUGUCUUGUGUGGAAUUUAGGAAAUCUCCUAAGUCGGGAAGACUUAACGGCCAAAUUCAAUUUCUCUCAUUGUCUCCAUUUCAGUAUUUCAAGCGGAAUUCUCGUUUCUUACAGAACUGAUCAUGAUGGAGCGAGAUUGUCAUUCAUCAUUCAUAUUGCGCAGUUCUUGUAAGCGCCGGGCUCACCAUAUCACCAGGCUCCUUUAUUUGUACCACCUCCUCCGUCGAGAUCAAAUACCUUACUCCGCAAACUCGGCAUUUUACGCUCUAUAUUUAUUCCCCUAUUUCCAUUGUCAAGUUUGUAAAGAAGCCGGAGGGAGUAAAGGAUUAGUGCUCCAUUAUGUCUUUAACUAUCAAGGUGAGUUGAUCUGAAAUGUACGUCCGUUGUUGACUUCAUUGCUGUACUCUACAUAUACAUCCACAACCACCAAUUGACGCGAAAAAUACCCGUCAUUCGUUUGCCUAAAGAUGGCACCCUUGAAUACAUCAAUAUCAAAGUAUCUAAAAAGUACCACGUCAUCUAUAUGUGAGCCCACCAACGAAUUACAAUCUUUGUUCUUUAUAUCCGUAGCUAGUAUAGCUCAGAUCAGCGCCUCAGUUCAUACCCUUCCUGCUACAUCUUGAUAACUUUGAUCUGGGUUUCCAUGUAGGAGUAGCCACCAGCUAUUUUCCAGCAAAAUCAUCCCCAUCUCACCUCAGCUACCUAAAUUAAUGUAAACUUUCACAGCCCUUUCAUUCCUCUGUCUUUCUAUGGCCUCUAUUGACUCUCCUGUUAUAACCACUUCGGGUCAAACGAGAAUAUCUUCCUAAAGUGCCACAGCCUCCAUCUGCAUAAGCGGUGUCAACAAACUGGUAAACCAUACCUCCCCUCCUAUCAUCUAGCCAACUAACACCACAGAGCAUAGUCUCCAAUGAUAAUUUUCGCGCAAAUUCACAGAUGUUCAGUAGCACUGAUAUAACAAACCGCUGGAAUUGGAGCAUAUCAGUCACAGAUAUCGAAGUUAUUAGUUACCUGGGGAGUUUUCGGAUACAUAGAUCAGUCUACAUCCUGGCUCUAAUUGUAGUUCCAGUGGUAAACUAACAUUGACGAAAGACGGUGUGUGUUCAUUUAGUUGAUGGAUAAUUAUGUCAUGCGGAUGUCAAGAAUACGACAUACUUCGGGUGGCUCAAUACCUUUUUAAAACAGAAGUGCGCCGAAUGAUG